AUGGAUUGUCCAGAAGAUAUCAGGGAAGCAGCGCUCGCAGCCAAGGCCGCUGGAACAGACGAUGUGGAAGCAGAGAACUUGGAAUGGUGGCAAGAAGCAACGGUGUACCAGGUGCUGAUACCGAGCUUCAAGGAUACGAAUGGUGACGGGAAAGGAGACAUCGGGGGAGUCAUCGAAAAUCUGGAUUAUCUGGUCGACCUGGGGGUUGACAUUGUUUGGCUGACCCCUAUCUUUGAGUCGCCAAUGUUCGAUAUGGGGUAUGAGCAACAGAACAAGGAAAUGCGAUGGUCACUGAGAAAAGACACAGACCGUUUGGUGCAGACAGCCCACGAGAAAGGUUUGAAGGUCAUUAUCGAUAUUGCGCUCAACCACACAUCUGUCGAACAUGAAUGGUUUCAAACCUCUCGGGCCAAUCGACGCAACCCCAACGGAGAAAAGAGAGACUGGUACAUCUGGCAGCCGGGAACAGUGGAUGCUGAAGGAAAGCAAAAUCCACCUAAUAAUUGGGAAAGCGCCUUUGGGGGUAAGGUCUGCAAGACGUCUGUCGCAGAUGAUGCUGAUCGCCGACAGGGUCUGCUUGGACAUAUGAUGAUGUUGCCGGCGAGUACUGUAAGAAAACCCCUUGAGCCAAAGAAAGUGGUAAGAUAUGUUUUACUUAUUGACAAAGACAUGCAUAUCUUUGGGGAGAAACAGGCCGAUAUCAACUGGGAGAACGAGGAGGUCCGGCAAGAAAUCUACAAGAUAUUGCGGUGGUGGCUCGACCGCGGACUUGAUGGAUUCCGGCUCGAUUGCAUGAAUCUGAUCUCCAAGGCACAUGGUUUCCCGGAUGCUCCUACGAUCAAGCCGGGAGAGCCGUUGCAACAAGCCAACUGCCGCUUUGCCAAUGGUCCCAACAUCCACAAGCACCUACAGGAUCUGAACGAACAUGUAUUUUCCAAGUACGACAUUGUCACGAUCGGCGAGAUGUCAUGCGGAAUCUCGUCUGAUCAGGCGGUCGAGUAUCUCUCCAAGUACAAGCCUCGUCGGGAGUUGCAUCUACUGAUUCAGUUUCAACACGUGGAGCUCGAUUGCCAUGACGGGGACAAAUGGCUCCUCCGUGAGUGGGAGCUGCCGGAAUUGAAACACAUCCUGGACGACUGGCAGCGGAAGAUGAUGCAUUGUGGCGGUUGGAUGACUCUGUGGAUGGAAAACCACGACCAGCCCAGGGGCAUCUCGAGGUUUACCACAUCGACACCCCGGUUUCGCGGCUUUUGUGCGAAAAUGCUGGCGAUGUGGCUCUUCACGCUGCGAGGGACCCCGCUCCUCUUUCAAGGCCAAGAGCUGGGGAUGAUCAAUCCUGAAUGCUUCUCAGAAGAGAUGAACCAGGAUAUCGAGACGGUCAUGUUCUGGAAUUCCGCCAAGCAGCAAGAAAACUCCGAGAAAGUGGAGCACGCGAAGAAGGCGAUCCAGCAGAAAGGCCGUGACAACACUCGCGUUCCGAUGCCGGUGAGUGUCUUACAAACGUGGCAGUGGACUGGAGAGGCCAACGGUGGGUUUUGCUCAGAUGUAAGGCCGUGGAUGCCUCCCUGUCCCGAUGGCAAGGAAUGGAGUAUCGAGAAUCAGCAAAAAGAUGAAACUUCGGUCCUGUCGUUCUACCGGAAGAUGAUCCGGAUGCGCAAGUCGCAUCCAACGUUGCUGCAUGGCUCCAUCGAGAUAAUCGACCUUGAUAACCAGUACAUAUUUGCCUAUCUCCGCCGUUUCAAAGGGACUCGCUACCUGAUCGUCCUAAAUUUCUCCCCCGGUGCGGUGCCGUGGACGGGUGCGGACAAGGGGUGCGCACUGGAAGAUGCCAAAUUGCUGCUGUCGAAUUACGACAAGCAAUCGGAGAAAGUGCGGGAUCCCUUGAUCUUGAGGCCGUUCGAGGGGCUUGUAUAUGAAUUAAGUCAGUAG